GGCGGGCAUUUCGUCGGACGCUCCAAUCGAUCUCUUCCUUUUCCCUUCACCGUCGGAAGAAGAGACGUCUCCGAAUCUUCGACCGACAGUACGCACUGCCUUUUUCGCUCCGAGAUUCGCUCGACUGGAUCGCCAGUGUCGCCGCGUUCGUGACCCCAUUCACCGCCCAUCUCCAGACCGCCAUGAUCGGCCACAUCCUCCACGUCCUGACCGCUCGCUGCGCCGGCCCGAGCCACGCCCGCCAAGUCCAAGCCCGGCUCGUCGUCCUGGGCCUCAGCUCGAACACCACCCUCGCGUCCCGCUUCAUCGACGUCUGCCACUCCCUCGGCCUCCCGCACCUGGCCCUGCCCUUCUUCGCCCGCCUCCCGAGACCCCACGUCUUCAUCUGCAACACCCUCAUCCGAGCCUUCUCUCUCUCCCGCACCCCUCGCGUUCCCUUCUCCGUUUACACCCACAUGCGCAGGAACUCCGUUCGGCCCAAUAACUUCACCUUCCCUUUCCUCCUCAAGUCCCUGGCGGACUCUGGGGAGUUCGGACAGGGCCUCUGCGUGCAUGCCCACGUCGCCAAAUUUGGCCACCUUGAGGAUAUCUUCGUCCGGAACUCGCUGCUCAAUCUUUACGCGUCCGGAGGUGGCGACUUGGGGCUUUGCCGCCGCAUGUUCGACGAAAUGCCCCACAGAGACGUCGUGUCGUGGACCAUCCUCAUCACUGGGUACAGGAAAGUUCGGAGGUUCGGUGAUGUCUUGAUGGCGUUCGAGCGGAUGUUGUUGUCCGGGUUAGACCCGAAUCAGGUCACGAUGGUGAGUGUGUUGGCCGCGUGUUCGAGUGUUCGCGAGGUCGGGAUGGGCAUGUGGGUGCAUGAUUUUGCGAGGAGACGAUGUUGGGAAUUGGAUGUGACUUUGGGGACUGCUUUGGUCAACAUGUACAUGAGAUGUGGGAGAGUUGAUGAGGGAUUGACAGCUUUCCAUAGUGUAAAGGAGAAGAGUGUUUCGACUUGGAAUAUGGUGAUUAAAGGGCUAGCUCUUGCGAAAAAUGGUGAUGAGGCUGUGAGUUGGUUUAGUAAAAUGCAGCAAGAAGGGGUUAAGGUGGAUGGAGAAACUUUGGUUGCGGUGCUUUCUGCUUGUAGUCGAUCAGGAUUGAUAGAUAAGGGUAGAGAAAUUUUCAGUGCGCUGAUUGAUGGUGAGUUUGGAAUAUCUGCAGGCAUAAAGCAUUAUGAAUGUGCGAUUGAUCUUCUAGUGCGUGGAGGGUGUCAAGAAGAUGCUUUAGAAUUAAUCAGGCAAAUGCCUUUGGAGCCAAAAACCAUGUGCAGAGCAAUUUUAGCAGGCUCUACAGCUCGUGGAAAGUUAAGUGAACUUGCAGCGAGGAAGCUCAUCGAACUGGAGCCAGAAAAUGGCGCUUACUAUGUCUUGCUUUCUGAUUUGUACACUGAAAUGGGAAGAUGGAGUGACGUUGAGAAAGUGAGGGGUUUGAUGAAAGAGAGGGGUCUUCAAAAGGACUUGGGUCGAAGAUUUCUAGAACAUCCGCUUCAGGAUGCUUCAGGAUAG